CCUUGCGUUCAUCUCUCAAACUUGGGUCCAUUGAAUUCGCUCAGAAAUGAAUAUUUUAUCAUCGUAUGCAAGAAGAAGUAUUAUGAAAAUUUUCAACCGUCAUUUUCAUAAAUCUUCAUUUUUCAACAAGCAACAUCAAAUCGAUGUUGGUAAUCCAUUUUGUUUAGAACCUCUUGAAUACAAGAGCCACACACUUAGAAAUCAUGACAAUUGUGAACGACAAAGGCUGUAUGAAUUUGGUAUGUAUGUCGCUGCGUGUAUGCCUAAAUACGUCCAGAAAGUACAAAUGCAACAUAACGACCAGUUGGAAAUACUGGUCGCUCCCGAAGGUGUGUUUCAAGUGUUGAGUUUCUUAUGUCAUCACCAACAUGCGUGCUUCAAUGCUUGCUCGGCUGCUACUGCAAUAGAUGUGCCUAGCAGGGAGUAUAGAUUUGAAGUGGUAUAUUGUCUUCUCAGCCUGAGAUUUGGAAAACGGGCGCGUGUAAAGACUUAUACCGAUGAAUUAACUCCUUUACAUUCUGCAUUUGCUCUGUGGAAGGUAUGUAAUUAUUUUGAAAGAGAAAUAUACGAUAUGUUUGGUAUUAUAUUUACACAUCAUCCCGAUUUACGAAGAAUACUUACAGAUUAUGGCUUCGACGGCCACCCUCUUAGGAAAGAUUUCCCUCUAAUUGGCUAUACUGAGGUCAGAUAUGAUGACGAACUGAAAAAAAUAGUAUACGAGCCAGUUGAAUUUGCACAAGAGUUCCGUAGUUAUAAACUGGAGUCACCAUGGAAUUACACAACUAACUUCCACGAGCGUUACAAUAAUCCACCAUUGCCCAAACAAGACAAGAAAUAAUUUUUAAGUCAGUCUAUUUCCUAUUUUUUUUCCUGUUUUAUCAU